UAGUUCACGGCAAAUCUGAGUGUUUUAAUUAAAGCAUGGAAUACAGAAAACAACAAAAAACUUCAGCUAGUGCUUUAAUUUCAUCUGAAACUCUACAGUUUUCCUGGUACCCUAGACCCGGUCAUCCUGUUGCUUCUUCCCACUGGCUGCUCUGUCAAAUGGUGCUCUCAGACUGCCUACCCCAAGCGUAGAGACCCUGUGGCUCACGUGCUUCAGAGCUGCUGUGGAUGGCCCCAGCUCUCUUGCCUGCCCUCCUGAGUAGGAUGUCCCUGAGAUCCCUCAAAUGGAGUCUCCUGCUGUUGUCACUCCUGAGUUUCCUCGUGAUGUGGUACCUCAGCCUUCCACACUACAAUGUGAUCGAACGUGUAAACUGGAUGUACUUCUACGAGUACGACCCAAUUUACAGACAGGACUUCCGCUUCACACUUCGAGAGCAUUCAAACUGCUCUCAUCAAAACCCAUUUCUGGUCAUCCUGGUGACCUCCCACCCCUCAGAUGUGAAAGCCAGACAGGCCAUUAGAGUUACUUGGGGUGAAAAAAAGUCUUGGUGGGGAUAUGAGGUUCUUACAUUUUUCUUACUAGGCCAACAGGCUGAAAGGGAAGACAAAAUGUUAGCAUUGUCUUUAGAGGAUGAACACCUUCUUUAUGGCGAUAUAAUCCGACAAGAUUUUUUAGACACAUACAAUAACCUGACCUUGAAAACCAUUAUGGCAUUCAGGUGGGUAACUGAAUUUUGCCCCAAUGCCAAGUAUAUCAUGAAGACAGACACUGAUGUUUUCAUCAAUACUGGGAAUUUAGUGAAAUAUCUUUUAAACCUAAACCACUCAGAGAAGUUUUUCACAGGUUAUCCUCUAAUUGAUAAUUAUUCCUAUAGAGGAUUUUACCAAAAAACCCAUAUUUCAUACCAGGAGUAUCCUUUCAAGGUGUUCCCUCCCUACUGCAGUGGGUUGGGUUAUAUAAUGUCCAGAGAUUUGGUGCCAAGGAUUUAUGAAAUGAUGGGUCAUGUAAAACCCAUCAAGUUUGAAGAUGUUUAUGUCGGGAUCUGUUUGAAUUUAUUAAAAGUGGACAUUCAUAUUCCAGAAGACACAAACCUUUUCUUUUUAUAUAGAAUCCAUUUGGAUGUCUGUCAACUGAGACGUGUGAUUGCAGCCCAUGGCUUUUCUUCUAAGGAGAUAAUCACUUUUUGGCAGGUUAUGCUAAGGAACACCACAUGUCAUUAUUAACAUCACCUACCAAAAGCCUAGAGAAGAACAGUAUACUUUUUGGAAAGUGUUAAGUGUGGUACUGUGGAAAAUUCAUGGGAAGGUCAGUGUGCUGGCUUACACUGAGCUGAAACUCAUGAAGAACAUGGAGACUGGAGAUUUAAGCUUUACAUGUGAUCUUUUUUGACAAAAAUCAAGUCAGGCCCUUUAAAGAUGAUAUUCAGAGGAAUUGAAUAUGAAGAAAUUAGAGGUUUUGCUAAUGAAAUUAAUAGGACUAAACAAUUUGGACAUGUCAUUCUAUAGGCUAGAAUUUCUUAAAAGGGUUUCUCUGAAUUAUAAGCUCAUUAGUUCAUAACAGUAAAGCAAUGUGGAGUUUUAUUCAUUGAACAAUCUCGUCACUUAAAGGUUUCGUAUAUAUCGUAUGUGGAUUACCAAUUUAAAAGUAUAGUUCUGUGUAAAAAAACUUCACUGAAGUUAUACCGAGCAAAAUUUCAUCUGUUUUUGGUCAUUUAGAAGGUACUUCAAGAUGUUGCAAUAUUUCAGAGUUAUAAAUUAUUACUUAAUAUUACUUUGAACUUCCCGGGUGUUUAAAUGUUUUGAUGGUUUCAAUACUGUGUAAAUAGAAUAGUGAAUCACUCUUUAUAUUGAAAUGUUUUUCUAGUUACUUCACUGAACAGUCUGUUGAUAGCCCCAUUAAUGUGAAGUCGUAGGUUGUUAUUGUAUAUCAGUAAUCUCUUGGACUUUGUUAAAUAUUUUACUGUGGUAAUAUAAAGAAGAAUUAAAGCAAGAAAAUCUGAA